UCCUUUCCCUCCCCCUCACACCCCUCCUCUCACCCACCACUGUCCACCCCCACCUCCCUCUGUGUGUGCUCUGUCGGCUGUACAAGUGUAGCUGUGUCCGUGGAGCGGGGAACAGCAGCGCUACGAUGGGUCUCCAGCGCUGCCCGAAGCCCAGCAAAGUGCGGGGCAAGAGACGGGACGUGGUGUGGUGGCAGAUCUGCUGGUUGGCCGGAGUAAUGUUGGUGGUCCUAGCUGUCUGCAGCUUGGUGAAGAAGGCAGGCUACUAUGUGACGAGUUAUACCUUGGAGAUGCAUGACCGGAGGCUUGGCCGGAGACUGAUGGAGCAGAUCGAUGAGAACACCACCGAUACUGGAGCAACGUCACACCAUUUCAAGAACUGUACAGAACCAGCUCUUCAUGAAUUCCCCGACGAUGUCUUUACCAAUGACGAGCGGCGGCAUGGAGCUAUCACUCUCCACCUGAUCUGCACCAUAUACAUGUUCUACGCUCUGGCAAUCGUCUGUGAUGACUACUUUGUUCCUUCGUUAGACAAAAUCUGUGAGCGACUCCAUCUUAGUGAAGAUGUGGCGGGAGCCACGUUCAUGGCAGCUGGAAGCUCAGCCCCCGAGCUCUUCACCUCCGUCAUAGGGGUGUUCAUCACGAAGGGGGACGUGGGAGUGGGAACCAUCGUGGGCUCUGCGGUGUUCAACAUCCUCUGCAUCGUUGGAGUGUGCGGACUUUUUUCGGGAAUGGUGGUGCCAUUGACAUGGUGGUCGUUGAUCAGAGAUUCCAGUUAUUACACAUUGUCGGUGAUGGCACUUAUCUUGAUUAUUUACGAUGAAAGAAUUUCUUGGUGGGAAUCUCUGAUCUUGGUAUUAAUGUACGCAGUCUACAUCCUCAUUAUGAAGUUCAACACGUCACUGCAGAUUUUCUUUGAAAGCAAAUUGAAGAAGCCAUCUGUGAACAUGGCCAAUGGGAACACGGGUAAUGCAGAAAUCGAUGACAACAGCAACUGCGAUGCAACUGUGGUCUUACUGACAAAAGCCAACUUCUCUCGUAACUCCUCUGUGCUGAUGGUGGACGAGAUGCUCUCUGCAUCCCCACACCAGCUGUCUUUCUCCGAGGCCAGUCUCAGGAUCAUGAUAACCAGUCACUUUGGACCCAAAACCCGCCUAAGCAUGGCCAGCCGCAUGCUCAUCAAUGAGAGACAACGGCUGAUCAGCAGCAAGAGCGUUUCCAACGGGGAACCCGAGGUUUCCAUUAAAAUUCCCGGGAAGCGCAGCCUGGAGAACGGGACUGGCCCGAGCUACUCUGCGGAGAGGGGGGUGAGCGGGCUGUGGACGGAGGAGGCCAGAGCCGCCGGCAGCAGCCAGAGGGAGGCUGAGAACGAGGACAACCAGAACAACGAAAACGACGAAGAGGAAGAGGAGGAGGAAGGGAAAGGGGAAGGGCCGUUCGUGCCGUUCCACCUGCCUGCGGGAAUGUGGGACGUGGUAAAGUGGGCGAUAGCCUGGCCGCUGUGUUUCCUGAUGUACUUCACCAUCCCGAACUGCGCCAAGCCUCGAUGGGCGAAGUAUUUCAUGUUCACCUUCGUCGCAGCUACCCUGUGGAUCGCCAUUUUCUCCUACGUGAUGGUGUGGAUGGUCACAAUAAUCGGAUACACCCUGGGAAUUCCUGACGUAAUAAUGGGAAUCACGUUCCUGGCAGCUGGGACAAGUGUACCGGAUUGCAUGGCCAGCCUCAUAGUUUCCAGACAAGGCAUGGGAGAUAUGGCAGUGUCUAAUUCUAUAGGAAGCAAUGUCUUUGACAUCCUGAUAGGACUUGGCCUACCCUGGUCGAUUAAGACGAUCAUGGUGAACUUUGGCUCACACUUAACGUUGAACAGUCGUGGGCUAAAAUAUUCGGUGGGACUGCUGCUUGCCUCUGUUUUUGUAACAGUGACCUGCAUUCAUAUGAACAAGUGGAAACUGGACAAGAAGCUCGGCUGCAUAACCCUGUUCCUCUACGGAGUUUUCCUGUGCUUCUCCAUCAUGACGGAGUUCAACGUCUUCACCUUUGUGAACCUUCCCAUGUGCCGGGACCACUGAUGGCCGAUAAAGACAGCUCGACCUUGGAAUCAGUGCAAUGCUAAAAAAAACUAUACGAGAGCAAAACGUCCCAUGGCCGAAUGUCGUGAGCUGCAAGGAACUGCUACUGCUGAGAACUUGGUGCAAGACGUGUUCUUGAGAGAGAAAACAAAACACCUGUAUUGAUGUGAACGUAUUUUUUAAUGUAUUUAUGUGGAGUUGUGACACAGACGCACACAUGUACACACACACACACACGUACACACACAUGCGCGCGCACACACACACACAAACACCUUAAGAAGAUAACGUAUCUGAUAUUGUUGGCUGCUAAUUGCCGUGGGUCUGGAAGAUAUACCUGCCGCGUUUGUAUAUUCUCAGUUCUAUCAGAAAGGAAUAUUUUGUCUGGAGUGGGAAAUGUACAAUGGUUCUUGUUGUUCAAGAGAAUAAGGCGUGCCUGAAAGCAAGGAAGUAUAUUGCCCUGUGAAAUUACCCCUUCCUUGCUCUCUCCCAUUCCACAAAGCCUUCAUUUCCCCACCCUGCUGUCCCUCUCGCUGCCAGAGGGCUUAAAGAAACAAGAAUGUACAUAUCAACGAGUUUCCCCUUGCCCUGCUGCCCACUAGCUGUUCCUCCCACUGGCAGAGUGUAAACUCUGAGCCAUAGCAUUUAAGCAGAAUUUGAGUUGUGGAAUUUGACGUCUGAAACCUACUGCAGUUUGUACCCUGAUACUACUCCUAAUAACAAUCUCACUGGGAGGUACAUUUUGCACUUUUUUUUUCUUCUUUUUUUUGUUUUGUUUUGUUGGAACAGUUGCUUAGUCAAUGGUACACCUAUGUAUAUUGAUGGUAUAAAAAGUUGUAUAUAUUGGGAGUUUUUUUUUUUUUUUUUUCCCUUUUCGAAAAGGUAGAGUAUGUAAGAUAUUAUAUCACAGUUUAACCCAGCCGCGCGGUGUUUGAUUUGGAAAUGUUGAUUAAAAGGUACAAAUAGUGCAAAUGAAGAAGCAAAGCUGCUCUGGGCUUUGUCUGUACAGGUAGUUUUGAGAAUAAAGCAUGUUUAAUUUA